GAAAGCUGACAAGCUUUAUUGGCUUCUUAAACUAUAAAAGCAACCCAGUUGGAGCGGUGCUGUUGUCAGCUGUUUUUGUAGAGGGAGUCUUACUCAUUGGAGAAUUGAACACCAUUGCUUCGUUCACCUCUAUAUUCUUCCUUUUGUCCUAUCUUUCAACAAAUUUGGCUUGCCUUGGGCUGGAGUGGGCAAGUGCUCCCAACUUCAGGCCAACCUUCCGUUACUUCUCAUGGUGGACAGCAUUGUUGGGGAUCAUUGCCAAUGGAGCUAUGAUGUUUGUCAUCAGUCCAACUGUAGCUGGGAUUUGUAUUAUCCUCCUGCUCAUCCUCAUUAUCAUCCUCCACCUACAGUCUCCUUCUGAGCAACACCAGUGGGGUUCCAUAUCACAAGCUCUUAUUUUCCAUCAGGUUCGUAAAUACCUCCUCCUGCUUGAUUCGCGCAAAGAUCAUGUGAAGUUCUGGAGGCCACAGAUAUUGCUGAUGGUAGCCAAUCCGCGUUCAGCCUGCCCACUCAUUGAUUUCACAAAUGACCUGAAAAAGUCUGGGCUUUACGUUCUUGGACACGUCAAGGUUGGGGACUAUGAUAAUGGAAUAGAUCCUGCUGGUGAAGACUACCCAAAAUGGAUGGCUCUGGUGGACCAUCUAAAGGUGAAAGCAUUUGUAGAAGUGACGGUGGGUCGCAAUGUACGGGAAGGUCUUCACCAUUUGGCACGUGUGGCUGGCCUUGGAGCCAUGAAACCCAACACUAUCAUCCUUGGCUUUAGAGAUAAUGCUCCCUCGCAUGAUUUUUUCACCAGAUUCAGGGUUCCAGGGGCCAAAGGUUACGGCUCAAUUGAUGAAGAGGUUGGAGAUGUCUCAGUGUAUGGGUAAAUUUUUUCCCCUCAACUCAUGUUUGUGUCAGACUGAACUGUACAAAAUUUAUUUUGUGGUUCCGUAGCUUUGAUUUAAGAUUAUUAUUGUCCUUAGUCUUCAGUAUAUGUUUUCACUAGAUGAGCAGAAAACAUGAACUACCAUGUGUAUUUGUGUUCAUACGUGUAUGUGUUUCAUGUGUACAUUGAGUGUAGGCUUGCAUGUGUGUGUGUGUGUGUGUGUGCUUGCAAGUGUCCUAUCUCUGCGUGCAGAGUGGUUGAAUGUGAAUGUGUA